GUGGUUAGUUUCUUCUAGAAUUAUACUGAGGAAGGAGUUCGAUCGUGAACACACGCUUCCGUGUGCGUAGGGUAUGAUGAGAAUGAGAACAGCAACACAAUUCCGCGCAUUUUUUAGACGUCUUUUUGUCGCGGAGACUGAAGGGUCGAUGUGGAAAUAGAGCGGAGGGAGGCAAUCAAGAUCAGGGAUUAAAUAUGCUAUUACGCCUAUUUCCUUGGCCAGUUUUCCUCCUUGCAUACUCCGGUAAGUAUUUUAAUUCAAAAUGAAAACGAAACGAUAGACUGCUUUAUGAGGCUUCUUUUACAAUGAUUGAGCGGUGAAUAGACGUUUGAUUAAAAUAAAUCACACCUCUACAAGGGUUACAGGUUAAUCUAAAAGUUUGCAAUAUUGAUCGUGUAUAGUCAUUGUGUAUUCUCUGUACUGUACGGAUCUUUGCAGAUUUAGGAUGAGUAGGCUAUCAAAAUCUAUUGCCUUUUUUCAUUUAAACAAUAUUGUUUGCAGUCUACUUUUCAUUUAGAAAGCUAACAGCCACACGGGUUUAAAAAUGAUGUACAGAACAAGACAUCUUCAGCCUGCUGUGAUUUCCUUUUCUUUCUCAACAUCCUGUGCUACAUGUCAGUAAACUGUCUGGUCUAGGCAAAGGUGUGUGCUGAAAGUGAUUUAAUAUAUCCUGUCUCAGCAGGCCUAGAUGUUGGUGUAAUGGCUUUGUUGUCCUCCACCUCUGCUAAAACUUCGCUAUAACAUCAACAUUGCUGUGAUACUAAAGAACAUCUGAAUUCUGACAUGAUUCUGGUGUUGUGUUUCCCUCAGAGUUCACUGUGCUGCCUAGUCCUCAUAACGUGAAGAUGGAUGCAGUGAACACUCAAUACAUAAUGAGAUGGGACUGGAAUCACUCCCUGGCCAAUCACAACGUCACGUUCACCGCACAAUACACAUUGUGAGUACCAAGAGCCUUUCUUACUCCAGGACAAUAAAGGGUACAUUUUUAUUUCAGUAAAAAAGACAUUCACUCUCCUUCAAGCAUGCUGUCUGGUACUUGAACGGACCCCACCAACAAGCUAGCCUUUUGUCCUCUCUGUCUCUCCUCAUAGUUCUAAUCAACGGUUUGACGAGGGAUCCUACUCAGGGAAAUGUAUCAGGAUAACUGAGGAGAGGUGUGACUUCUCUAGGGAGCUGGACCUCUACGUUGGGUCAUACAUACUGAGAGUGAGGGCCGAGGGCAGGGGUCAGAUGUCAAACUGGUCCUGUCUGAAGUUCGUUCCUGAUGAAGAUGGUGAGGCCAACAACAUCCGUAUCUGGACACUGUGUGGCUGUGUGCAAGCUUUUGUUUCAGCCCAGCUCCAACACAUUUUAGUAGACACUCUUAUCCAGGCAAACUUAUAGUAGUAGGUGCAUACAUUUUCAGACUUUUUUCAGACUUGUCCAAUGUGGGAAUCAAACCCACAACCCUGGCGUUGCAAGUGCCAUGCUCUACCAACUGAGCUACACGCGAUUCAUAAAACACACCUGAUUCAAAUAACUGUGGUCUAAAAUAGUUUGUUGAUGAUUUUAAUCAUGUCUGUAAGUGGAACAUUGCUAGCCUACAGACUAAAAACAGCAUGCGCUCAAGUGCCAUAGGUUGUUGUAGUGAAGGCUGGGAUGUAGCCAUGACAGCAAUGUGUGUUCCUGUGUUACAGCGGCCCUAGGCCCCCCGUCCCAUGUGGCGUUAGAUCCAGGGGACGCCAUGGUAACAGUGAGCUUCAGGAAGCCAAUGAAGGAGCAGGACCACACAAUGAGGUCCAUGUUGGACUCCAUGUCCUUCAGUCUGCAGUAUUGGGAGAAACAUCCACCCAGCAAGGUCAGGACUCACUUCAACAGCUAGGCUUUUAUGGAUAAAUAGUAGUGAUGAUUCACAAAUAGAGUGGUGGUAGGAGUUUGGUUAAGAUGGGAAUAACGGGCAAACCGCAGUGAACAACUCUUUAGGAAGCAUCAGCAGAGGGCCAGACAAAUGUCAUGUGCACAAGCAAAUAACGCCACUCCACUGACCUUUCUCAUAACAUAAAAUCCUCCAAAACAAUUAUAAAACAAACGGGUGCUGUACUCUCUUUGAAGUCUAGCAGCUGGAUAUACUGUGAUAAGAGACCGGGGGUGGGAGGGGGUUGCCAGAUCAAACACGUUUUUGGUGUAUUUGAAGCCUGCAAAGAUGAAGAAAAGUCAUUGAGGUUUCCAUUUCUUCUUUGUUCACUCUUCAAUGCCUAUCCUCAAGUGACUCACUUGUGUUAUUGUCCCAUGUUGUGUGGUUGGGCCAUGUGACCUAGAAAAGAGCGAGAAGAAGAAGGGCAGGAAACAGGAUGUAUAAAGUGAAGGAGCUGGUGGUUUUCUCUCUUAACCCCUCUGUUACAUACAUACAGUAUUUACUCAUGAUUACCAUAUAAUAAGCUCCUUCAUAUUUGAUGUAUGCUUAAGUCUAGGGUCCAACUUGAUUUUGAUCUUUGGCGUAGAGAAAUGUUUUGAUGUUUUUUUUGGUUGAGAUAUCUGAAGAAAGUAGAGCUCACUGCUUUAUCAACCAAUGUCACACCUUUUGUUUUUUCAAAACCCUCAACUCAAGUACCCACACUAUUCAUCUGUCUCACUGGUGCCCUUUGUUGUCUCCAUCAUACAGAAACAAGAGAACGUUUUUGACACCGAAGAGAGAACACUGUUCUUUCUGAAGCCCUGGACAGAGUACUGCAUGCAGGUCAGCGCAUUCAUCAAACUGUCCAAUAAGACCAGCCCCUACACACCGCAACAGUGUGUGAGGACCCUGGGUAAAAGUGAGCCAUUUACACACCAUUACAUUUCAAUCCACAGUGUCCCUGAAAAAGGGAUCUUUCACAUUUGCGCUUAACAUCUGUAUUGACGCCUGCUCUGUUUGUCCCUCUAAGGACACCCUCCGGUGUGGCAGGUGUUGCUGGCUCUGCUGUGCUGUGUCACACUGAUGACAGUGCCCAUCUGCAGACGCUACAAAAAGAGAAAAAGUAUUGUCUCAAAGUACACAUUUCCUAGCAGUAUACUGCAUAACACACAGGAUCAAAUGUUCCUUCUCCUGCCUCGGGAGGAGAGCUGUGUGGCCACGGCUGUGGUGGCUGUACAGGUAGAGCAGACAAGCCAGGGUCAACAACAACAGGUCAAGGGUCAGAGAGAUGUUGAGGCAGAGCAGGACAGUGGCUCCUCCUCCAUCCAGAGAGGACAAGGCAGCUCCAGUCAUGACUCUGGGAUCUACUUAGGAGAAGACAGUGGAAAGAGGAGUGUGGGGUCAACAACAACAAGUCAACCUGAAGACACACUGAGAAAAAAUAUUGAUCCCUUUAGCAAACUGCUGUAGAACAAGUAGUGGAGUUUUGGGGAACAACUUGGAUUCACUUUCAAGAGGAGACCUCUUGGGGAAAUUCUCUUAUGUCAAAUGAAUUUUUAAGGCUAUCUAUAAGACUGAUGCAUUUCUCUAGUUUAGUUUAUUGAGUUGCCUGGUAAUAACGGCCAAUAAUGCAGGUUAUGGAUGCAGGUUAUGGAAUGUACUGUAUCUGUUAUAAUUUUUAUGCUAUUCCCAUUGAAUAGGAGAUAUGAAAUAUGUAUUGCUCAGAGAAUUCACAGGCCAGUUAGAGGUUCAAUGUUCAUGAAAAGGGCCAAGAGGUUUUCCUGACAAUGUCUUCUGACCAGGACCAACUCUGGGAUAGUUGUGGUCAGGAAGAACUCCUUACUAAGGAUGCAAAGCUACUGAUAAUUUACCAACGUUACCAGAAACUUCAGUAAUUCUGGUAAUUAACUGAUUCUAUGGCAAUCUAUCGUAACUUUGGUCAUUUAAACUUAUAACUUUCAUAGUAUUCAUUUAUAUUUGUCCAUGAGUGUCUAGUAGAUAAACCAUAUGGUUCAAGAGAAAAUAGCCUAAUUAAUGAAAAAAAGCCUCUAAUCAACAAUGCCAUUCUUUUCAAUUAACUCUGCAACUCUU